UAUACUUAAGUAUCCGAUGGCCAGGUAGUUUUCUCAGUGGGUGAUGACGGCGAGGGCGGCGAUGCAAUUAGCUGAACCGGUGUAAAAUUACCUACUUAUUUAUCUGUAUGCGUAUAUACUACUACUAUAUGUAAUGUGUGCAGAAAUUCGUCGACGAAACAUAUCCACGAGUGGAGGUGACAGAAGUGGAAACCCAGGAUUUCCUUGAUUCUUUCAACAAAUUACACCAGCUUUACAGACUCCAGCGCUCGUAAAGACGUGGUAUCAAAAGAAAUAUAAAGAGAACUGCUGCUGAUGUCUCUGGCUCGACUCGAGACAACGACGAUGGUGUUGACGACUACGCUAGAUAUAGCUCGAAGUUAUGUUUUGACGUGCCCGAUAAAAGUUUUCACUUGGCACAAAUUCAUGAGUUGUUGGACAUUGUGCAAAAUUUACCAAAGAUCAAGGAUUAUCAACGGGCCCUUGUGAAAAUCAAUAUUGCGCAAACCAUACUUGCAGAUUUAACACAGCCAUUCAAGUCGAAUGCGAUACUAAAAGGGAAAAAUCAGACGGACCCACGCCAGCAAAACGGAAUCGCGGCAGAAAGGAUAUGCAUAAAGAUAUCGAAAACGAAAAAGGCAAAGAUUGCGAAGACGGUAGAGACGAAGAUGACGAGUACACGGCAGACGAGAUAGCCUUGUCAAGACGAUUAAAGGGUGCGAAGUACCGGGCUCGCCAAGCUAAUGGACAAAUCGUCAAGUUACCACCAACAGCUGAUGCCGUUUCAAAAGACAAGAGAGAUGAAGGAACUUGCCAGGCCAGCAGCAGGAAAAGCCUCUAUAGCACAGAUAAGAUUAAUGUGUCGGAUACAUCCUCGUACUGUUCGGCGAUAAGUGAACUCCUCAUAGAGCGGCAAAUGAAUAAUCAGAGCAAUUUUGCCGGGGAAUUUGUAAGCAAACCCUCAAAGACGUCAGAAAUCGCAGCAACUCCACGCACUGAUCGAAAGCGGGUGUGGCAAGGCAAUGGCGAUAAAAAAUCACUUAAUGAUCCGGCAGCGCAGGUGAUGGACAGCAGCGGCAGUGGCUGCGAUAGCCAAAUUCCAAAAGUGCAGUCGUUAAAGACUGCUGCUGCUGGUGACGAUUCAUUGACCAAAAAGGCGAGAGGGAUCCGGAAAACACUUCGCCGGCUGCUACUAUUACCACGGCGCAUUCAAUAAAGGCGAACAGAAGUGGGAUUAAUCACUUGUGAAUCUCAGGGCCAUUCAAGCUGGACAAUAGCCCUAUUAUAAAGAUACUGUGAGGUAGGCAGAAGCAGCGAAGCGUGUGCACACAGCGGGAACCCGAAAAGGUGCAGGUAAGCGGCGGGAGGAGCCUAUCAGAAAAGUAAAUACCUGCGACAGGUAUAAGAGAGUACCUGGGGAGACUUUAUAAAUGGACACCUUGUGGUUCCGUACUAAUGGCAGAAAUUGUGGAUUCGUGAAUCUCAACUCAACUUGAGUAUAGUUAUUGUGAAGCAUUAGUACUUUUGUUCUAUUUUGAUGAUUGAAUUGUGAUUAGAAGUUUUGUACGAUCUUUCGCAUUUAUAGUCUUAAAAAUAAUAAUGUUUAUAUAAAAAACUUAAUUUUUGCAAACUACACUUAAGAGAACUUCA